AGCAUGCUAGAAGGCCCGUUACCUGCAGCCCCGAGGGGCUGGAGGUCGUUUUCGCCCUUAAUUUAUCAUUGUGGAAUUGGUGGGAUAGCUGUAUCAACACCUUUUAGUGUAGACUGUGAUGCUUAUGUAUUUACUGGAGGCAUCAGGUGAGUGAUGGCAGCAGAGAUGGCGGCGGAGGUGGAGGUGGAUGUUCCCAGUGAAUACCCAGCUCAUUACAAGGUGAUGAUGGACAAGCUUAACGAGCAAAGACAGCUGGAUCAGUUCACUGACAUCACACUGAUUGUGGAUGGACAUCAGUUCAGAGCCCAUAAAGCGGUGUUAGCAGCAUGCAGUCAGUUUUUUCACAAGUUCUUCCAGGAUUUCACCCAAGAGCCACUGGUGGAGAUUGAAGGAGUGAGUCACACGGCCUUUCGCCAGCUGAUGGAGUUCACUUACACGGCCACUCUGGAUAUAGCCGGAGAAGAACAAGCCUAUGAUGUGUGGAAGGCUGCCGAAUACCUACAAAUGCAAGAAGCCAUCAAAGCACUCAAUAAUCAAAUUAAUGAGAGUUCCUCACUGACGACAAAGAAAGGCAAAAAGAGGAAGAUUGCCGAGACAUCAAAUGUGAUCACAGAAACGUUGCCCUCAGUGGAGGGUGAGCAGGGCGAGAUUGAAGUUUUUGAGGAUGAAGCAGUUGAAGUAGAAGAGUCUGGGCUGGAGGAGGUAGUUGAUGCUGCGAAGAACGCCCAGGCGGCGUCGGAUGACUCUGCUUUGGCUCUCCUUGCCGACAUAACGAGCAAAUACCAGCAGGGAGAGCCAACUCUCCACGUGAUCAAGAAGGAGGCAAUAGAAGAGGAGGUUGUGUAUCACGAGGAACUGGUAGCCCCCAAGGUAUUGGAGAACGUCGAAGUUGUCGAGGUCCAGAUUUCACAAGUAGACAACUUGUUCCGCUGCAAUAAGUGUGACCGCAGCUUCAAGCUGUACUACCACCUCAAGCAGCAUUUGAAAUCACACCAGGGUUCGCUGGAAAAGCCCCAUGUGUGUGGCCACUGCGGGAAAGCCUACUCACGGGAGGGUGCCUUGAAGCAGCACGUCAGCACGUUCCAUUUCGAUGCUGAGGAACUGUCUCGAAACCAGAAACCCCAAAAGAAAGUGCACGUCUGUGAAUACUGCAGGAAGCACUUCGACCACUUCGGUCACUUCAAGGAGCACUUACGGAAGCACACUGGUGAAAAACCUUACGAGUGCCCAGAUUGUCAUGAGCGGUUUGCAAGGAACAGCACAUUGAAGUGCCAUAUGGCAGCCUGUCAGAACGGGGCCGGAGCCAAGAAAGGCCGAAAGAAGCUCUAUGAAUGUCAGGUCUGCAGCAGUGUGUUCAACAGCUGGGACCAGUUCAAAGACCACCUGGUGAGCCACACUGGAGUCAAGCCAAAUCACUGCACCAUGUGCGACAUGUGGUUCACUCAUGCCAAAGAGCUGAAGGCCCACCUCAAAGACGUCCACGCCAUCGAGGACAAGUCCAGUGAGGAGGUGGUCGUCUCCGACCCCGCCGCCACGGCCGCCCUCACCAUCGCGACGCAGAGCAUAGAAGGAGGGGGGACGGUCCUGCUGGACGACGGGAUCCAAGUGGAGCACGUCACGGUGGAGCCGGUGGAAGUGAUGGAUAUGGAGCAGACGGCGACGGUCGUGGUGGAGGACGGCGGGGUGACGGAGAUGUGCGAGGAGGACAUGGAGAGACUAAAACAGGCAGGGGUGCAAAUCCAGGUGGUGCACGUGACCACGACUGAAGUGGACGGGCAGCAUGUGGUGAACUCUCAGGUGGAGGUGGAGGGAGAGGUGGUCAACGUGGAGGAGGCAAUCCAAACAGUGGUUGUAUGAGAACCUGGAGGAGGAUACAGCAUGUCGCCUCAAUAUGUCCUUGAAUGUCUCUGUUCCCGACACUCGCACUCUUUGAACUUAGAACUACGGACAGAGUUUCUGCUCAUAAUUUAUUUAUUUUGAAGCAUUUUGCCAUAGUCAUGGUGUCUCCAGUGGGUUUUCAAUCCUUUUUUUGUUUAUGUUUCUACUUUCUCAUUUUUAUGAUAUCCUUAUUAACUUGGAUCACUUGGCAUCAUAAUUUGACGACAAAUGAAUUUUGCAGCUCAUUCAACAUUUUGUUUGCCGCUGUUUUUUCCAAACUGUUAUUGCUGCAAUUUUGCUGAUGUUUAUUUUCAUAUCAACUUUGGUGUUUUCGUAGGAAAAAAAAAAAAGAUCCAAGAUGGAAUAAAACUGGUUUUGUGAAUAACUGG